AUGUCUCUCACGUUUAAUUUGGUUGACAAGAACCGCGUGGAGGUCCUUCAGCGAAUGGAGGAUGCAGUAUCUUGUGUAUUCUCCAAAUUUCCCUUCCUGAGUGGCAUGGUAGUACCCUCUACCCAGCGAGAUGGUAAAAGCAACGCACUUCAGGUGCGGCCUCCCACCGCUGCUGAGCUUGAAGAGUGCCCUAUUGUAGUCACUCAACAUCAUACAGAGCCCACCUCUCUCUCCGUGGAUGGGAAAUUCAACACUUCCUUGAUGCCGUUCCCAGUCCUCUCCCCACCACGUAACCCUUCUCCCGUGCUACGGUUGAAGGCUCAUGUAAUAGAACACAACGUGCACCUGGUCUUGUGUUUUGAUCAUCGAGUAAUGGACGGGUCAGGCAUCUUCGUUUUGUUCUAUACUUUCGCCGCAUUCUGCCGCAAUUUAAAUGCCACGGGUCCAUUCACAACUUCACAAGCGCAAGAAGAAAUAAGACAGCAUAUCGAGCACGUUGCAUCUACAGCCACACCGCGGGAUCUUCAAUGGACGAGCUUGCCUACCCCUACAAGCGAAGACGAAGUACCCACAGAUUAUGGUCGGGUACCCAUCGGUUCUAGCCAUGUAUUCGAUGGCCAAAAGAUAAACAUGCUGCUCGACGCCUGCAAUUCGGCUUUACAGUCUCUUCCUGAGAAACACAGGAAGGACCUUCCCGAGAUGUCUCUUCGACCGGGUCUGCUCGUCAGCGCGUUACUGGGCAUCUGUAGCAACCGCGCCCGCCUGAGGGCUUUCCCCGAUGAGCCGCAACUCUCGUCCGAUAUGUUCAUUGUGGAAAAUCUUCGAAAGGCACUCAAUUUACGUCGGGGAUAUCUUGGCAGUACUAUCGGCGCCACCCAGACCAAGUGUGAUGGCUCUGCGAAUCCUCCGCCCGAUGCCUUGCAAAAUAUUCAUGUUCCAGAGGAUCUCAGCCCUGUAGGACCAGAAGAUAUCUGGCGGAUCUGCGAUAUUGCGCAGUCUCUUCAGGAAGCAUCCGGACGCCUGGACAAGCAGUAUACGGAGGGAAUGAUCGCAAAAAUGUCCCGUGAACAAGAUUGGAGUUCAUUCCGACCCGGGUGGGGAGUGAAUUUCCUCGUAUCUGAUAUCAAGUCAGCGAAGCCUUACGGGAACUUUGGACCACUCGGAGACCUUGACUUGUUCGACAUCCAUUUCGAUGCACAACCUGGCUAUUGUUGGAUACUGCCUAACCUUCCGUCUGACUCUGCGUUGCCGUAUCCAUGCUGGAGAUUGCGAUGGAUUUUGGAAAGAGCGGCGAUGGAGUGUCUGUCGAGCGAUCCCCUCUUCCAGUGGGUUUCAACUCCUAGUACAGCCUCCACACAUGCCGAAGUUUAG